UGAAGAUGGAGUUAGGAAACGCAUGGGGUCUCUCCCCUCGUAUUUAACCUCCAAUUCCUCCGAAUGGAGGCAAAUGACUUCUGUUAUGGUGUAUUGUGUUUAAUGAAAAUUAGUGUUGUUUUUACUGACGCCUUGUUUUUAAGAAGCUGAUGGGAUUGUUGAAAGAAAUUGGAUGUGUAAAAUCGGGAUAUACUCGGGCAAAACAUUGUUUUCGGUGUUAAAUGCGGUACCCACCACCAGCCACAAUAUAUGUGUAUUGACAAAAUAAUUUAUUAAAGGUGGUAUAUAGGUAUGACAUGAACGUGAUCACAUGAGUCGUUUUAUCGUCGAUUAAUCAUACAGCGGCAAAGUUGCGUGCUACGCAGCGGAGAAUGUGAUUUACAAUUAUUCCACUGUCGUACUGUGUCAGACAGGAUGCUGAGACCCGAUAAAUAAAAAUGCGGAUAGCGUUAUGUUACUUCAAACGUCUGGUGCUUGCGGCCAGCUUGUUUAUCAUAAUAUUUUGUGCGAUUCAACUUUACAAAUUCGAAAUUGGCUUUAACAAUGCUGAAGAUUCUAACGAAGAAAAACUCCAACAACUAUCACAAUUGAUAAAAAAUUCAAAGAAAGAUUCACAGUUCGUUGGAGAUGGCGAACCGGCGUGCAAAAUGCCGGAAUUGGAAAUUUUCAAUCCAGAGAUAAUGAAAUUCAUCCACGAUGUUUCUCCACUGCAGUGCUCGCCCGACGAUUGGGUCAAAGUUGAUGGCUCAAAACUAUUUAUCGAUAUAAAAGCGAAAAAUCGGUAUGGCCCCAUCACCUGUGCGUUUAACGAAAUUCUCAGAAAGGACGAUUUUAAUUACGAGCUAACCAAAACAGUCGAAACCGACACGUUCUACGUGUUACGGGAAAGCGAUUUCGCUGAGGUCAAAUGCGAAUCGCAAACAGGAAAACAAUGGCACAGCGUACUAGCAGGUGUGAAAAACGAUCCGGCUGGUCGUCAGCGGUAUUCCUGGUCGCGGGUGCCCAAAUCCACCCUCGGCUUGAACGUACUCAUGUUCGGCUUCGAUUCCCUGUCACGAAACACCUUCAUACGAAAAUUGCCACGCAGCUAUCGCUACCUCAAACAGACGCUCAACAGCCAAGUGCUCGAGAGUUACAACAUCGUCGGGGAUGGUACACCUCAGGCCCUCAUACCGAUAUUAACGGGAAAAAUCGAGCUCGAGUUACCAGAGACGCGCAAACGCAUGAAGUCCCAGGCGAACUACGUCGACGUCUAUCCGAUGAUAUGGAAGGACUACGAGGCCAAUGGAUUCGUUACCGGUUUCAUGGAGGACGUGCCCCAAAUCGGCACCUUCACUUACAGGCUAACCGGCUUCAGGGAGCAACCCACCGAUCACUACAUGAGGACUUAUUACUUGGUUGCCGAGCAGUACUUCAAAUAUUCGAAACCGUACUGUUUGGGUGGUACGCCCAGGCAUAUGUUGAUGUUGAAUCACAUAAAAACUGUCUUCAACGAGUACAAGGAUAAGCCGAAGUUUGUCUUCGGAUUCCAUGGUGAGUUGUCACACGAUUCGUACAACGACAUCGGAGUUGCGGAUGACGAUCUCUUGCAAUGGAUGACAAAUAUGAAGGAGUCUGGUCACUUGAAUAACACAAUUUUGAUUUUAAUGAGCGAUCAUGGACACAGAUUUGCAGACAUAAGGAAUACGCUUCAGGGAAAGCAAGAGGAAAGACUACCUUUCUUCUCAUUUACGUUUCCUCCAUGGUUUAAACAAAUCCACCCCCAAGCAUAUGCCAACUUCGUUUUUAACACCCAACGCUUGACAACGCCUUUUGACAUCCACGCUACUUUCAAGCACAUGUUGAAUUUCGAGGCGCCAAAAGAGGCGGGUUUGAACGAUCGUGGAAUUAGUUUGUUCAAUAAGAUUCCAAUCGAACGAACGUGCGCUGAUGCUUUCAUUGAGUCGCACUGGUGUGCCUGCCUGUCUUGGCAGGAGAUUUCAAUAAACCAAGAAAUAGCUCAAAACGCGGCCCAGUAUUUUGUUGACUUCCUUAAUUCUUACACAGAAGAUUAUCGCAAAAUUUGCGAGAAACUAAAAGUGGGAGAAGUUUUGUGGGCUGCCAAACUCAUUCCUACCAAAGGACUAAUUAGUUUUAAAAAAACUCGCGAUCUCGAUGGCUUUGCACCUGAUCUUAAUGGUAAAACAAAACUCACGACCGAAUUAUACCAGAUAAAAUUGAAGACUGUACCGGGUAACGGACUGUUUGAAGUGAGCAUAACAUACGAUGCUGAGAAGAAUAUGUUUUCCACAAAGAUCUCCGAUGUCAGUAGAAUCAACAUGUACGGGACUCAGGCGAGAUGCGUGGAAAAGCAUCUAUUUCAUCUACGCAAGUAUUGUUACUGCAAGGACUGAAAAUUAUAGUGCUCAACUAUGGGGUUUCAUAAAAUAAAUGUGAUGCCGAAUGAUGAUCGGUAAACCAAAUGUUUGAUACCAAAUAGUCAUAUCAGUUAGUUAUGCUGUAAAGUUUUUCACUGUAAAAAAGUUAGAUUAACCAAAAUAUCAGUAUAUUGACGAAUGUAAAGUCAAAUUAAUUUUUGUAUAGUGUCACUGUUUUUUUUCAUUUUACACGAAUUCGAUGUUUCGACGUAUUUUAUGGUCUGAUGAGACUGAUGAGUCUUUAGCUCUGUUGAGAUUUUACUAUUUGAUCUUUUUUAAAUAAACCUGAUUUUUUAUAAUGUUUUUAUUUUGUACUAUGCGAGGCUAGCCUUCAGUUUUUUGUAUAGAAUAGUGUUAUACAUUAAUACGGUAUAACGUUAUGAUUGUUAAAUAUUAAAACGAUUGUAGGGUACUUCCGGAAAUCUGUUUUAAAUUAUUUGUUUCCUGUCGAGGCCGCAAAAUGCGACGAAAUGUCUAAUUCAUGAAAAAUAUAAUGAAACACUAUACUUAAAAAAUAGAUGUUAUAUCAUAUUUAUCCAUUUAAAGAUACAAAGGAGUGAUUACUAGUGUGGAUUUGAAGGUUAUAAGAUCAUAAAACAUCAAUAUUUUAAUCCACUUGAUGGAACGUUUCUGAAAAUAGAGAAGUUUUUAUCAAA